AAGACAAUGAUAAAAUGGAUGAGGAUAUGGAUGAGGAUAGUGGUGGAGAUUACAGUGAUGAUAGUAAUGAAUUAGAUUAUGAUACAUUAGGAUUAUAUUUUGUUGGUCACUCGUUAUUAGAAAUUCAUGCUUCAAUUCUUCUUGGUAUACUUUCAAUAAGGUUAUAUAGCACACUCUGA